AUGUCUGACGCCGCCUCACUCUACAGCGACUGCAGUAUCGGCAUUGGCCAGGCAUUCCUACCCAACACCACAGCAUCACCCAUCUGCGGUGUCCGAAGCAACAAGAAUGGGAGUAUCUCUGCCAUAGCAUCCUCGUGCUGUCCCGGCGUUACGAAUUACGGAUGCUGGAGCUCCUGUCCUUAUACCAAUGGUAUUCAGGACUUCAUGCAGUGCUUGACCCGAAGCAAUGCGACGAACAGCACCAUCGACUCUGCAUUCUGCUUUGGCAACAUCACGAAUCAAAACUUCACUGCCGAGUCGACAUCUGGCGCACCUGGGCGCCGUACAGCGCCCACUUUCUCGGUGCUACUGCUUGCAGUAAUCCUGGCAGCAUUUUUCAUCGCCCCAUCUUCCGCCACAAUCAUACACUCUCUAUCGGCUGGCCUAGAGAAACGAGCAGGUGACGAUGGCUGCCAAGUCAAUGUCCUCGGCAACUACACCACUCUCCGCAAUACCCAACUCAUAUCGCCUCAUUUCUCGUGCGAAGCGGAUAGAUGCCCCUUCACAAUGAACAUCGAUACUGGAAUGGAUAAGAAUAACCGGACAGUCAACGGCAGGUCUGCGGCAGGUCCAGAGUAUAACGCUUUCUUUGGCGUCUUACAAAAUGCCACGCAGCGCUCAUUCCCAGCUCAGAGCUCGGUCGAGGCGCAGUAUUCGUUCGUGGUCCCGGCGACAUCAAUGUUUGCUCUGGGCUGGACUGCCUAUGCAUGGUGCGCCAAUGGUACUACGAGUGGCUGUGGAGGUGUGUUUGGUGAUUCGAAGACGACUGCCCCGUUUCUGGCGUGCGGGCCUAUGUUCACGACUGAUGCUGAGGAUCAGAUACAAGGGACUAUUAUUCCUAUUACAUCGUCUUGA